ACUUGCGAGCAUACGCAUCUGACUCAUCGCUUCUGUGCAAAAGUUAAGUUCUUCUUUCAAGUUCCAAAAGCCGCUCUUCAGGUCUGCCUUGCGCCCUUCGCUCGAUCUCUCGCGUUAACGCCAAACCCGACCACCAAUCUCAACCACGAAACCCGAAUUUUGCUGCAUGAUCCAUAUCUUCGAGUCCGCCUUUUGAUUAUUCUUCGACUUGGAGUGGAAGUACAAAAGCACAGGAAUCUCGCACUGUCCUGACCGUCCUCACUUGAUCAAACACCACCACAGCCAGCAAACUUCAUCGAUCCGAUUUCAAUAUUUCGCAUAAAACUUCAUUUCCAAGCUUCAAUCUCUACUUUCGGUUUCCGAGAUCCGUUCUAUCAGUCCCACAGCCCUAACGCCACUCAACCCAACUACGCUAUAUUUCCGCUCUCUACCAAGAUGACCGAAUGGCUGAGCCGCUGUGACCGCCCAGGCCAAACAUUAGCCCAAUGGGACCCCACCAAGCGCUACAACUUCCAACCCGACUCCGUCCCCUCCGUCUUCAAAGACGCAAUGUCCAUCCGCGAAGCUGUCUACGUGGAUGAGCAAUCCGUCCCCCUCGCCCACGAACUCGACGACGACGACCCCCGCAGCUUCCACUUCGUCAUGUACGCUUCUAUCGCUACGAAAGGCGCGUCCGCCAGUUCGCACCCCGCCGUGUCCCCAGAAGAAGAAGAACGCCGCCGCUCGAUCCCGUCGGCUGUGCGUACGCCCAUUGCCACGAUUAGGCUGAUUCCGCCACCACAUGGCCCCAAUCCGUACAAGAACGAGAACAAGGACCAUCACCCGGACUCGGCCCCUACUUCGCCGGUCGGCGACGAGCACCCUGUCGAGCCGUAUAUCAAGCUGGGCCGGUUGGCGACGCUGAAGGCAUUCCGCGGUGGGGGAUUAUCGCGCCAGCUUAUCCACGCAGCGCUGGACUUUGCGGCUGCGAAUCCGGACCUCAUCCUCGCGCCGCGGUCGCCGGUGUCGCAGGAGUGGCUGAACCUGGAGCGGGUGGGGAGUCGUGAGGAGAAAGAAAAAAGCAAGGGGUGGCAGGGGCUGGCAAUGGUGCACGCGCAGGCGAGUGUGGAGGGGCUGUGGAAGCGGCAUGGGUUCUCGGAGGAGCUAUUGCGGGAAGAUGGGACGGUGGAGGUGCCGAAGGAGGAAAGGUGGUGGGAGGAGGGGAUUGAGCAUCUGGCGAUGUGGUGCAGGGUGCCGAUAAAGCAUGAGAAAAAGACGCAGACUCUAGGGGGAAAGGAGGGAAAGAGCAAGUUUCAGAUGGAUUGGGAGAACCUUUAGGGGAUGAGUAUUGGGUGUGAGGGGGCCUUCGAGUACUUUGAUGCGUGGGAAAGGGCACAUGUUAUGACUAACGAUUUCGAUACCCCGUUCGCUGCAUAGUGGAAGUUACACCUAGUCUAUACAACUUAAUCAUUCCUAUUACGUCGAAUUUUCAGGAUCAAAUAUCAAAGCACC